GCCUUGGCCGCCGCCAUGUCCCAUCAGACCGGCAUCCAAGCAAGUGAAGAUGUUAAAGAGAUCUUUGCCCGAGCCAGGAAUGGGAAAUACAGACUUCUGAAAAUAUCUAUUGAAAAUGAGCAACUUGUGAUUGGGUCCUGCAGUCAGCCUUCAGAUUCCUGGGAGCAGGAUUACGAUUCCUUUGUUUUGCCACUGCUGGAGGACAAGCAGCCGUGUUAUGUGUUGUUCAGGUUAGAUUCUCAGAAUGCCCAGGGAUAUGAGUGGAUAUUCAUUGCAUGGUCUCCAGACCAUUCUCAUGUUCGUCAAAAAAUGUUGUAUGCAGCCACAAGAGCAACUCUGAAAAAAGAAUUUGGAGGUGGCCACAUUAAAGAUGAAGUAUUUGGAACAGUAAAGGAAGAUGUAUCAUUACACGGAUAUAAAAAGUAUUUGCUGUCCCAGGCUUCCCCUGCCCCGCUGACUGCAGCUGAGGAAGAAUUACGACAGAUUAAAAUUAAUGAGGUACAAACUGAUGUGGGUGUGGACACAAAGCAUCAGACACUACAAGGAGUAGCAUUUCCUAUUUCUCGAGAUGCCUUCCAGGCUUUGGAAAAACUGAGUAAUAAACAGCUCAACUAUGUGCAGUUGGAGAUAGAUAUAAAAAAUGAAACAAUAAUUUUGGCCAGCACAACAAAUACAGAACUAAAAGAUUUGCCAAAGAGGAUUCCCAAGGACUCAGCGCGUUACCACUUCUUUCUGUAUAAGCAUUCCCAUGAAGGAGACUACUUAGAGUCCAUAGUUUUUAUUUAUUCGAUGCCUGGGUACACGUGCAGCAUCAGAGAGCGGAUGCUCUACUCCAGCUGCAAGAGCCCUCUGCUGGAGAUUGUGGAAAGACAGCUGCAGAUGGAUGUGAUCAGAAAGAUCGAGAUCGACAACGGGGAUGAGCUGACUGCAGAUUUUCUUUAUGAUGAAGUGCAUCCCAGGCAGCAUGCUCACAAGCAGAGUUUUGCUAAACCUAAAGGUCCUGCAGGGAAGAGAGGAAUCCGAAGACUGAUUAGGGGUCCAGCGGAAGCGGAAGCCACUACUGAUUAAAAGUGUUUUAUUAAAUGCUGCAAUAUAGUUUUGUAACAUUUUUCAGCUUUUAGUACAGGAAAACUGAAAUCAUUCCAUGUUGAUAUAGUUGGAAGGAAAAUUGUACUUUUUGAAAAUAGCACUUUUCACUUCUAUGUAUUUUUUAAAUUAAUGCUAUAGAAGACUCAUGAUUUCUAUAUUUUAGUUAAAGCUAGACAACGUUUCAACAUAGUAAUGUUUGGUUUUGUCACACAGUUUUCAUAGCGUGUUGAUCCCACACUUCAGAUAAUCUUCAAUAUUUUACAUAGGUGGGCCAGUUCCACAAAGCCUAAGGACUUGCUUUAGUGCUCCGUGUGAGGUCUGAGUUUCCCUCCAAAGGGGAAGUGGAGCAACCCUGGACAACUCACACUUGAUGAGUGUGUGGCAGAGCCAGGGAAAGGUGGCAGGCUGCUCGCCCUGAGAGCUGUGCUCAGCCUGGGACAGUCUGCAGCGCUGAAGAGCGGCGCUUGUGCAGCAGUGCUUUCUAUGUGAUCUUUUGUUUUUAAAAGCAUUGCAAUCUCAGAAUAUCAGUUUAUUGUGAAACUUUAAAGGUACCAGAGAUUGCAGGGUUUCUAAUGGGCCUGAAAGGCUACGCAGUCUUGUAAGGUCUUUGCAGAGCUCCCAA